AUGCCUGCGAAAGAUUCAAAGCUUGAUCCCGUAUGGGAUGAUCUGGACAGAACCCUGGGUCAACUGUUUAUGAUGGGCUUUGAUGGCACCACUGUAACACCACAGAUCAAAACCCUAAUUGAGAAACACCACCUUGGUUCCAUCCUACUGACUGCAAAAAACUUGAGAUCCGCCGAAGAUACGACGAGACUAGUCUACGAGCUCCAGAAGAUAGCACACGAUGCUGGUCAUCCAGUCCCACUUGCUAUCGGAGUCGAUCAAGAGAAUGGAGGAGUGAACAGUCUCUACGAUGAAAUCUACAUUCGCCAAUACCCGAGUGCCAUGGGAAUGGCUGCUACCGGGUCUACUGAACUUGUCUUUGAAGUAGCCAAGGCCACUGCCGAGGAGAUAGCCUCGUGUGGAAUCAAUUGGAUAUUUGGUCCUUGCUUGGAUGUCCUGACGAAUGCUCGCAAUCAGCCACUAGGCGUUCGAACAACGGGUGAUGACCCUCAAGAGGUUUCAGCUUACGGGGUCGCGUUCAUGAAAGGGUAUAAAGAAGCUGGACUUGCUACACUUGGCAAGCACUUUCCAUCCUACGGCAAUCUGGAGUUCUUGGGAUCUGCGUUGGACGUUCCAAUCAUUACGGAAUCACUCGAGCAGCUUAGUCUCAGUGCGCUCGUACCUUUCAAGAAUGCUAUUGCACAGGGUCUUGACUCUGUCAUGGUCGGAGGAUGCGCGAUGUCGUCAGCUGGUUUGAAUGUCAUGCAUGCCUGCUUGUCUGACCAAGUUGUUGACGAUCUGCUGAGAAGAGAUUUGAAGUUCAACGGUGUAGUGGUCUCCGAGUGUCUAGAGAUGGAGGCAUUGAGCCACAACAUAGGUGUAGGUGGCGGCACUGUCAUGGCUGUAAACGCCGGCUGUGACAUCGUGCUCCUCUGUCGCUCUUUUACUGUGCAACAAGAGGCCAUUGCCGGGCUGAAGCUUGGCAUUGAGAAUGCUAUGAUCUCAAGAGACAGAAUUCAGCAGUCGCUACGUCGGGUGCUGACGAUGAAGUCGAAAUGCACCUCAUGGGAAAAGGCGUUGAAUCCACCUGGAAUCGAGCAUCUCGCAAACCUACAGCCCACACAUACAUCACUAUCAACGAAAGCCUACAAUAAUUCAAUCACGGUGGUGCGAGACAAGAGUAGACUUCUUCCAUUAACCAACAUUCUCGAACCAGAGGAGGAACUUUUACUUCUUACACCACUCGUCAAGCCGUUGGCGGCUUCUGCAGCAUCGCGGGCGCUCUCUGACACUGUCACAUCAGGCUCACCCGAGCCAGCAGUAUGGGAGAGAAGUGCGUCAGUGAUGAGUGGAGAAAGAGUUUUUCGCGAGCUAGGGAGGUCUCUAGCUCGGCAGCGCAACGGUCGAGUCCUGCAUACGUCCUACACAGCAAACGGCGUGCGCCCAGUUCAUGAAAACCUUAUUAGUCGAGCGAGCGCUGUAGUAAUCCUUACGGCGGAUGCGAACCGGAACCUGUACCAGCAUGGCUUCACCAAGCACGUAUCGAUGAUAUGCAACAUGCAGUACACGACUGGUGGUGAGAAACGAGAGAAGCCACUCAUCGUUGUCUCAGUCAGUUCGCCUUAUGACUUUGCCAUGGAUCCGUCUAUACCGACGUACAUCUGCACGUACGAUUUUACGGAAACUGCGCUUAACUCUCUGGUGAAGGUGCUGUACGGAGACAUAAAUCCCGCUGGGAAUCUACCUGGGACGAUAAGUCAAAGUCAGAAGCUACACCAGUCACGUCAUCACUGGCUUGUCGAGAAUUUCAACGAGGAGCGUGAUGCGAACGCGUUGGAUGCGUUGAUCAAGACAGUCACUGAAGGCAGUUCGCCCAACCAGCGCUCGGAGCUUUCCAGCGCCUCAUCCAAUUCUUUCCUUCUCAAUCACGCAGAAGUGACCGAAGCCCAUUUCGUGGUACGGAAUAGCAGCACACAAGCAUUGUACGGGUUUUGCUCGACAUACUUUUUCAAGACGACCGGGACAGGCGCAAUUGGGGCAUUGUUUGUGGAUCCUGCACGGAGAAAGCUCUCUAUCGGCCAUUCACUCCACAACAGAGCGAUCCGUACCCUACUCCAGCACGAGGGUAUCAAGAGGUUCCAGAUAGGAACACGACUGCCAAGCAUUUUCCUUGGUAUACCUACCGGACACAGCGCCGAGAGAAAGAGACUGAGAUCCUGGUUCUCCAACAUGGGAUGGAACACAGCACUGUCAAGACCGGUCUGUACGAUGGUCGCCCGUAACCUCGGAACUUGGAGUCCUCCAGAAGGCAUGGCCAAGAGUCUGGCAAGUGCAGGUGCUGAAUUUGACCUGGUGUACGGAUGGGAGUACGCCGGACCAGUUUUGGACCACAUCAAAACCAAUAAUAGACAGGGGCUUGCGGAGGUAUACAAGCUCGCGCUCCAAGAUUCGUCGGCGGCAGGCAUUAUACGGGCUAAGAGGGCAGAAGACGGAGCGAUUGUCGGCACAGUCGUGCUCUACUUUGCACAGUCCAGAAUGUCAGAGUUCGUACCGGCGAUGAAAGACCUUGAUGAGCCUACAGGUGGGAUUUCGUCACCGGUGAUAUCGCCAGCGGUGGGAGAGUACUCGACGUUGAUGCAAGGGCUCAUCCUGCUGGGCAUGAGGCAGAUCAAGGGCCAAGGAGCCACUGCAUGUGUUCUUGACUAUAUGGACGGAGACGGCAACUUUGACGGACUCUCGGCAAUGGGCUUCGACGUCCUGCACAACUUUGAAGAGGUGAGCUGCGACGCAGCAACAUGGACAAUGGUUCCCCCAUCGUGA